UGCUUCUCCAUGCCAGAUCACAGUACCAUCCCUCUUUUCACUCUUCUUUGAGAUGCUGCUCCACGGUUCGGUGCGUUGAUCACGAAGCUGGAGCCGAGGCACGUUGGGAUGUGGCAUUGCUGGAUUCCGGUGGCCACAUCGUGGACAUGAAUCCAGGCUUGUCAACGGAGAAUUGGUGGAGUCAAGAAUGGUCCUUGCGACCGCUGCUGUUGUCUUGGGAAGGUGUGAGCCAUCCGGCGACACAGAUCGCGGUCUCCGUGAUCUUCCAAAGUCGACGUGGGGACGCACCCGCGAUGCUGUGCUUGUAUCCACCGUCUGACUUCGCUGAAGGAGCACCGGCAGAUGCUGGAUUUUCCAUGUCAAUUGGCCAAGGUGAUUUGCUGUCAGAUCGCUUGCGUUUGGUGCCAAGCUGGCCCUGGGUGGUCCAGGCUGAUGUUCGCCGGAAACGGCGACUCUGCCUGGCCAUGGCUGGAAACGUCACAGAGAUGGCGCCGAAUGUGCAGAUGUCCUUCACGGUCCUGGUCGCCUUGCCGGAAACGGCCAAGUGGCCAGUUCAUCACGUUUGGUCGUUGACGCUUUGCCGCAGUGCCUGCACAGGCAACCUCAGUCAGGAGAUCAGCUUCAAUUUGCUGGGCUUUUUGGAGGGAGAGGCGCAUCCUGGAUGGCAAUCCACGGAGACCAACGGGGUGGAGCGUGCUCGGCAGUGCUCCGCAUGGCUUGGCCUCAUGAGCCUAGCGGCGCUGGGUUUGCGGUGAACAGCGAAGAAGAGGGGCAGCGGCCUGCUGCUCAAAGUCGAACGCCCCAGCAGGCCCCGCCAAUAUCUA